AUGUUGCAAACUCGAAUUUGUUCCUCGCAGACGUACCAGCAAGUGUUGAGAACUCGAAUUUGUUCCUCGCAGACGUACCAGCAAGUGUUGAAAACUCGAAUUUGUUCCUCGCAGACGUACCAGCAAGUGUUGAAAACUCGAAUUUGUUCCUCGCAGACGUACCAGCAAGUGUUGAAAACUCGAAUUUGUUCCUCGCAGACGUACCAGCAAGUGUUGAAAACUCGAAUUUGUUCCUCGCAGACGUACCAGCAAGUGUUGAAAACUCGAAUUUGUUCCUCGCAGACGUACCAGCAAGUGUUGAAAACUGUAGAAAUGAUAAGACGAUUGGCGUAGAUUGACGCUUGU